AUGCUUAAUUUCACCCGUGGCCUUGGGAUGGGCCCCCAAAAGGGUCAGUCCAUCUCCCGAACGAAUCGUUCCUGGGUCUUCGAAGUCCUUGCGGAGGCUGUACUCAGAGACCGCACUGCAAGAGCAGUUGAGAAGCGAAGCUGGAUCACUGCGCUCGGGCGCGCAUUCGCGACCGCGUACAAGCCAACGAGGGGACUACAAGUCAACGAGACUGAACGAGCAGCCAUCCGUGUCAACAAUCAGCCGUCGACUGGCUAUCAGAAUCGACACGGAUUGUCGUUACAUCCUCCCGACGCCAGCAGGCCCAGAACAGCGGAUCCGCAUCCAGCUACCGAUCCAACAAUUCAGCAUGGCUCGCACCAGACUACUAUAACCUCAGAUGCCCCUCCGACAGCUCCCAGCCGAUGGGCCAACAUUCUCAAGAACAAUCCACUCAAGGGUAGUGCUCUCCUGACCAACCCACUCAAAAACGUGAAGAAGCCGAGUUUCACAAUCUUGCGCCGGGAGCAAUCAACAACCGACGAGAAGCCAAGGACGCCAAAGUCACCCGACAAGCGCUCGUGGAAGGCGAAAGAAGCAGAAAGGCGACGGGCGCGUCUGGUCGAGGAGGCGCUGGGCUCGGAGAGAAACGAGGAGGUGGAGCAAGAACAGGAACCACCAGACCGAAUGGCCUCACGAAGGACAGUGCGCACUCAGGCGAGCGCGGCCGCCAUCUCUUUUGCUACGCCUCGAGUCGAUACGCCUAUCGCUGCGCAAGCUGCGCCUAACCCCAGUCAGUUCCUUGCUGAAUCGCUGGCCCAUGUCAUUGUGGUGCCAAUCAAACUGGUUUUCGAGGUCCCGAAUCGCCUGGCGAUUGACGGAUGCAUACCAGCCCACACCAUGCCAUACGACUAUUCAAUCGUCGUUGUGGCCCCCUCGAAAGUCAUCAAGGUCACCGCGCCGGACGAAGCCCGGCACAACGCGUGGCUGACUGCGCUACAAUAUCUGGUCGACGCGACAAAGAAGGUGACGCCCGAAUCAUGGCCCGACGUGCUCGCCGCCCGAUUAGCACUUCUAACCCAACCAACGGAAGCCUUAUUCGGCAAGGAAUCAGAGAUCCCUAGUCGAGCUGGCACCCCAUUCAUCGCGGAUAAGCCACUUCCACCCAGUCCGCCUCCAGAGACAAGCGACCAGCCGCCAUCGAUGGUGCCACCCUCAAUACCACGCUUACCUUUCCAUGCGCGAGAUAACUCCAAUGCGCUGUCCAGCAUGCCAGAUUCCGCCGACUCGCUCUCAGACGCCGGCAGUAAGGCGGCCUCUAGUGCCAGGAGUCAGCGAGUCGAGCCCUAUACCCCUCCGUUAUCUGGAGACACGAAGGAGAAGGGCCCGGCGAAGUACGAGAGCGACCAUAUCCACGCGCCGGCUAUAGGCAGAUGGACGCUCUUGUGUCGCGCCUGUCUGCUUGAGUCGGUCGGGCGGCCGGACGGAUUCAGCACACGUGCAAAGAUGUACAAUGGUUCUGGGCGGACUUCAUGUCCUAAGACGAACAUUUCGAACAAGAUACCCAUACAAUUUCAUUGA